CGAAACAUCAUAUUAUUGGUGAAUUAUUUUUAUUAAUGGAGUCAACGUUCUAUGUCAUGGGAGCCUUGUAUGUUUUAUCUUUCCUUAUUAUAGGAGGAAUGGCAUCCUCUUUCCAUCGUACUAAUGGAUUCUUCCUUAUUCCGUACCAUUUUUGUUACUGGAAUAGGCUUCUUAGCACUCUAUAUAUCCAAUCAAGAAAAUAGAGAACACGAUUCUUUUUCUUCCUCUUCUUCAUUACGCCUCUCAUCACCUUCACUUUGUUUGUCCAAUAACUGGACACAUGAUGUCUUUCCAAGCUUCCAUGGUGAAGAUGUCCGCAAAGACUUUUUAAGUCACAUUCAAAAGGGCUUUGAGAGAAAAGGAAUCAGGCAAUUCAAUGACAAUGAGAUGGAGAGAGGAGAAUCCAUAUCUUUUCAACUUGUAAGGGCGAUAAGAGGAUCUAAAAUCGCGGUGGUCUUGUUCUCCAAGAACUAUGCUUCUUCAAAAUGGUGUCUUGAUGAAUUGGUGGAAAUUAUGAAGUGCCGGCGAGAGUUUGGUCAGAUAGUGAUAGCGGUUUUCUAUAAGGUGGAUCCAUCUGAUAUACGCAAGCAAACCGGAGAUUUUGGGAAGGUUUUUCGAAAAACUUGUGCAGGGAAAACUAAUGAGGAAAUCAGGAGAUGGAGAGUAGCUUUGGCAGAAGUAGCCGCAAUUGCUGGUUAUCAUUCAAGCAACUGGGAUAAUGAAGCAGAUAUGGUAGAGAAUAUAGCCACUGAUGUUUCAAAAAAGCUGACUCAGUUCAGGAGAUCAAUUGAUUUCAAUUACGACUUAGUUGGCAUGGGAAGUCAUUUGGAAGAGAUGAGACGAUUGUUAUACUUAGAUUCGGAUGAAGUGAGGAUGAUAGGCAUUUGGGGUCUUCCUGGGGUUGGUAAGAGCACAAUCACUAGAUUCCUUUUUAAACAACUUUCUCAAAGAUUCAAUGUGAGUCUCUAUAUCAAGGAUAUCAACGCACUUUAUACAAGACCAGCGUCUUCUGAUGUGGAAUUUAUGUCUCUACUAACGUACCAUAAUGACAACGAAGUUCUUAACCUAAGAAUUGAAAGAGAGAAGCUGAAACGCAAGAAAGUGCUUGUGGUUAUUGAUAACGUCGACAGAUCGGUGCAACUAGAUGCAAUGAUGAAAGAAAGUCCAUGGUUUGGUCCUGGAAGUCGGGUUGUCGUCGCGGUACAAGAUAGGGACGUUUUGGAGGCGCUUAGGAUUGGUUAUGUUUAUAGAGUGGCUUUGCCAUCAGAUUAUGAAGCCAUGCAAAUCUUUUGUAUGGCUGCUUUUGGUCAAAAGUUCCCCAAAGAUGGUUAUGAGGAUCUUGCAAGAAGAGUAUGCAAUAUUGCUGGUAGGCUUCCUUUGAGACUGAAAAUCAUGGGUUCUUAUUUCAGGGGAAUGUCCAAGCAGGAGUGGAUUGAUAAGAUUGAUCCACUUUGAAAAAUGAAAGCAGCUUAUUCAUGUCUGGGAAAAAGUAUCUGGAAGCAACAUGAUGUUUUAUUUAUUUUUAUUAAAAACAAAAAACAUCAA